AUGGACAUUAGAAUUGGAGAAGAGAUUCCACAAAGAAUUCUCUUUGAACUAUUCACUGAUAUAGCUCCUGAUAGCUGUGAGAAUUUCAGAAAGCUCUGAGGAGGGACUUUCACAAAUCAAAAAGGAGAGAAACUGACCUAUAAAAACACUGAAUUUCACAGAGUUGUGAAAGGCUCUUUUGUCCAAGGUGGCAAUCUAUCCAAACUCGGAAUCUCACCGUUAGCCCAAAGUAUCUUUGAAGGGUACUUUCCUGACGAAACUUUUGAAAUAAAUCAUACACAAGUUGGUUUAUUAGGCUACUGUAAAAAAAGUGGUAUCAAAUACUCUAACGAGUGUCAAUUUUAUGUAACCACAGGAUAUCCUCUCAGCUUCAUGGAUCACAAAUAUGUAAUCUUUGGAAGAGUUAUCCAAGAGGACCUUGAAACCCUUAACCAAAGACCUACUUGUAAAGUAGAAAUAGCUGAAUGUGGAGAGUUUGAUGCCAGAAGAUAA